GAAAAAGUGAGACAGAGAGAGAGAGAGAGAGAGAGUUGUUGAAUGAGUGAAACAUUAGAGGAGAUCAAUUGGGGAGUGAGUAAAAUUCUAGAGAGAGGUCAGAAAGGGAUGUUGGUGAACGAGUGAAAUACUGUAGAGAGAGAAAGAAAGAAAGAGAGGAAACUAAAGAUGUAUGCAGAUACAGACAGCUUUCUCCUUCCUUACUUCUACUUCUCGCCCGAAGCCCAGCAAAUCGAUGAAGACAUCUGCGGUAUUCAUGAUCAAAACGCAACGAGCCAUCUUGUCCACAGCUCCACCAUAUCAGACUAUGAUCUCGGUGGUGAUGGAGACCUCUUUCAUGCCCCUGAACCCAUCAUUGGGGAGCCUUUAUUCCCCCUUGAUCCUGUAAUUGCUGCUGCCAUCUCCAUCCCUGGCACAGACCCAGAUGAGGUCCUCGCGCAGCAGACUCUGGAGGCCGCCACCCAAUUGCAGUCUAUGCAAGGCGUCGGACCGCUCAUGAACGACGCCUUUUAUGAGGUCGGCAAAGAUCUAUUUGAGAAGUCGGCGAUCGAUGAAAGCUUUCAAGCGAUUCCAGCAGCAGCUGCAGAGGAGGAGGACGAUGCCACCAGGUUGCAGAAGAGUGUAAGCACCGGGUGCCUGAACUCCACGGAUUGGAUCAAUGGCGCCGGCGCGGGGCCGGUUCCUCCAGUGUUUCUGGACUUUCAGCAGCUUACUUUAGAAGAGGCAUUGGGAAUGAGAAGGGCCUUCAGCGAGGGAGAUAUUCAGGCACUUGGAAAUGGUAAUGCUUGUUCACUCAUUGAGCGGCCACUGAUAGGAAGUUACACUGUUGAAGAACGCAAAGAAAGACUCCACCGAUAUCGAGAUAAGAAGACAAAGAGGAAUUUCAAUAGAAAGAUCAAGUAUGCUUGCAGGAAAGCUCUAGCAGACAGUCAACCGAGGGUUCGAGGCAGGUUUGCAAAGAGUGAGGAUUCUGAGUUUUCAAAGGCACAUGCAUCUGCCUCAACAACCAGGCCUGCUUAGGAGAUUACCAUAUGUAGCUCUGUUACAUACCAACCCUAUGUUAGGAUCUCUUACCCCCAUGAACUUUCUAGUUUUCUCUCUUCUUAUGUAUCCUUUAUGGUUUAGAUUAUGACCAGUGCCUUGAACUGGCAAUGCUGUAAAUAAGGUUUCAAUAAAGCAGAUGAAAUCCAGUGCAGAAAUCCUGUCACCUUGAAUGUAUAUAUAUGUGGGUGUGCGCUUGUGUAUGUUAUAACCUGCACUUGUUCCCCUUUCUUU